CCGCGCGCACGCGCCGCGCGCCGCCGGCCGGCGAGCCGGGCGCAAGAGACAUAUCUGACCAGCUGCCGUUCUUGGAGUACGAGCUGCAUAAACUGCUGCUGGCCAAGCUGAGGAUGCAGGGUGCGAACGCGCUAUUCAACCUCCAAACACAAAUCGCGAUCGGCGAGCGCUGCGUCAUGGCACUCGCUAGCGGCACCGCCGUCCGACUUACGGCGCUGCCGCCGCCAGCGCCGCCUAGGAUCAAGGCAUCUGAAAAUGACAAGGAAGCGUUAGAAAUACAAAAAGCAUUAUGGGACUCGUUCACAGCUAACAAAACAGCAAAUGGAUUCGACACGGGCGGUCCAGAACACAGCACGAACGGUGCACUACCGGAGAUCGAGGGUGAGGAGCCGCCCGCGUUAGACCUAUGUGCGGACAAAGACGCCUGCGUAUUGGAGCUUGAUGAGGCUGAGGAU